AUGUGGAGCGAGUUGUGGUCUUUCCAUGGCGCCGCGGCCUUGUUCCGCUGGUUUCUCAUGCCAGACACUCAUCUGCCCUCGCUAUCACACGCAGCCUCACAUGCGGCUCACGACGCCGCACAGGCUGCCUCUAAUUGGGUAUCCGGCUCCUCUACCGGCCUGACAAAUUCGGCCGCAGUCGAGGCGUUGGACGAUUUCGACGCUCUGCAAUACGUUGACCCCCUCAUCGGCUCCAAGAAUGGCGGCAACGUCUUUGUCGGCGCGACCUUGCCAUAUGGCAUGGCAAAGGCCUCCGCGGACACCAACAGCAGCUCGAAUCAGGGCGGCUUCACUUUGGACGGGAACCCUGUGACCGGCUUCUCGACCAUGCACGACUCUGGCACUGGCGGACAGCCAUCGCUUGGGAACUUCCCGCUGUUUGCGUAUACUACUUGUCCCAGCGGAGUUAUCAACUGGUGCACGUUUCCGAAGAAGUCGAGGGCAAAGUAUGGGUAUUUUAAUCAGAAAGACGUAAUCGCAAAGCCGGGGCUCUUCAACAUCACUCUGAAAACCGGCAUCCGGGUUGAGAUGACGACGACCGAACGAGCUUCCCUCAUCAGGUUCAACUUUCCACAAUCAGGGCAGCCUCUCAUCCUUCAAGACCUUUCCGAUCUGGGCGAUACGCGGCAAGACAACGGAACGAUCAACGUGGACCCCGAAUCCGGACGCAUCACGGGCAACGCUCGCUUCCAGCCAAGCUUCGGCACCGGCACCUUUGUCUUGUACUUUUGCACCGACUUCCAGGGCGCCGAGAUCCUCGACACGGGCAUCUUCGCAGACAGCCGCGCGAGCACAGAGGUCAAGAACAUGACCAUUUCGCGCUCCAUCAACGGGUACCCCUUGCCCGGCGGCGCCUUUGUGCGGUUCAAGUCCGCGGACCAGCCCAUCACCGCGCGCGUCGCCACCAGCUUCAUCAGCGAGCAGCAGGCAUGCGAGCACGCCGAGGGCGAGAUCCCCGACUACAACUUUGAGAGGGUCUCGGGCGAGGCGACGGCGAUAUGGCGCCGCAAGCUCAGCCCCAUCAAGAUCAACACGGACCGCGUGGACAAGUCGUUUGCGCGCAACUUUUACAGCGGCAUCUACCGGACCAUGAUCAAUCCGCAAAACUACACGGGCGAGAACCCGCUAUGGGAAAGCGACGAGCCGUACUGGGACUCUUUCUACUGCCUGUGGGACUCGUUCCGCUCCCAGAUCCCAUUCCUGGUGAUUAUCGACCCGACUUCGGUCGCGCAAAUGGUCAGGUCCCUCAUCGACACGUACGUCCACCUCGGCUGGCUACCAGACUGCCGCAUGAGCUUGUGCAAGGGGCUCACCCAGGGCGGGUCGAACGCGGACAACGUCCUGGCAGACGCCUACCUGAAAAACAUCACCGAAGGCAUCGACUGGGACCUGGGCUUCGAAGCAGUCAGGAAGGAUGCGGACGAAGAACCGUUUGACUGGAGCGUCAACGGCCGCGGCGGUAUGAAGAGCUGGAAUAAGUUGGGCUACAUCCCCGUGCAGGAUUUCGACGUCAUGGGCUUCGGGACUCUGACGAGGAGCGUCUCGCGGACGCUGGAGUACAGCUACAACGACUUUUGCAUCGCGUCCAUGGCCGACCGCAUGGGACGUGGAGACGAACGGGAAAAGUAUCUUGCCUCGGCCAGUAACUGGCGCAAUCUGUACAAGCAGGACCAAAAGUCGGCCUUCUUCAACGGUACCGAUACCGGCUUCAGAGGGUUCUUUGAGCCAAAGUUCCUCAAUCAGACUUGGGCCUACCAGAACCCGCUGAACUGCAGCAAUUUGGACGGGCAAAGCUCAUGUUCUUUGCAGAACAAUGGACCAGAGACCUUUGAAAGCAGUCUAUGGGAGUAUGGCUUCUUUGUUCCUCACGACCAAGGAACGCUCAUCAACACCCUCGGCGGUCCGGACGCCUUCGUCCGCAGGCUCAACUUCUUACAUGAGCAAAACAUCACCUACAUCGGCAACGAACCAGCUUUCCUUACCGUAUUCCAGUACCACUACGCCGGUCGUCCAGCCUUGUCAGCAAGGCGAGCCCACUUUUACAUUCCUGGCUCCUUCUCGCCCAACCCAGGCGGUCUUCCUGGUAACGAUGACAGUGGCGCCAUGGGAUCUUUCCUGGCCUUCUCCAUGCUGGGUCUCUUCCCGAACCCUGGACAAGACGUCUACCUGAUCAUCCCGCCCUUUUUCGAGAGCAUCGAAGUGACGCACCCGCAAACGGGCAGGACAGCAAAGGUCCGCAACAUCAACUUUGAUCCGACGUACCGCAACAUUUACAUUCAAAAGGCGACCCUGAACGGACAACCCUACAGAAAGAGCUGGGUUGACCACAAGUUCUUCACCGAGGGCCAGGAGCUGGUACUGACUCUGGGCCGGCGGGAGAGUGACUGGGGGACGAGGGUCCAGGAUCUUCCGCCGAGCCUGGGCCCGUACGAGGGAUUCAACCGCACGUUUCCCUCCAAUCGUACCACCAGAAUUGUAGAUACAGGGGUUGUAGAUACGACAUACAAGAGCGAUUUCGGGCAUUCCGGGGCGGACUUGAACGUGUAA